UAUAAUAUCUCUCUCUUCGUCAACGUCUUCACAAAAGAGAAUUCUUAUUGCAAUUGCGGCCAGCAGCGCCUCAUCACGCGCUGCUCGUGAUUGCCGGCUCCAUUCUCUUCUGUGACGGACGGUUACCUUCGUCUCGAAAAUCUACGCUCUCUGCGUCCCUUGCCGAAUUGACAGCUAAACCGAGCAGCCUUCUGACGAUCAUGGAGGUGAGCGCCGCGCCUUCUACCAAAGCCUCCACAACAGUGAAAUCGAAGACGUCUUCGUCAUCAACAAUACUGAAACCUCCUCAUCUGGGAUUUUAUACGUCACGAUCGCGGUCUUCGUUCUUGUCUUUGUUUUCUGCUUCGCGAUAUUUUUAUUCAUCAUCACGGCAUCAGAUGAUCAGAAAACGACGAUUUUCAAAGAGCUUGACUUAAGCGGUGGCCACGGAGACUACGGCGCUGUGGCAACUACCGAGGAUCCCCGGGUGCGAGUCACGAGACCACGUUCUCAGCAGAAGGAAACCGUAGCAACCCAGAUUAGGCGACCAGCCCCGACAGCGAGGCCGCGCACCCGCGCACCGCGCUCAACAACACCGUCUACUAAGGCUACGCCACCUCCAGCGGCGUUACAGGCACCUGCAGGCACAGUGGUCUGCACCGUCUCGAACAUGCUACGUCCUGAAACGUCGGUGCUGCCGCCUGAUGGCCUCUGCGACCUUUUGUUCUACGAGUCGUUCUACAAGGACAACAUGAACAUCCUGGCCGAUGGCUACGACAAUCUAGAGCCGAGCGCACGGCACUUCGUAGACCAGGCCUAUCACGCUAACAAGACCCUGUACGGUGCCUCUUUCAUGUUCAGGCGGCUGUACUCAACGGAAGACUUCUUGACACAGGAGUUCUACGAAGCAAUCGAUGAUUUUUGGGCUCGCAAGAUCCACCACUUCGGAUUCCUGAACUUGUACCGCGAUUUCUCUGCUCCGGAAAUCGUGAAGGAUGUACUGUUUGUACUCAAAGAGCUGCACUUACACAACAAGCUCUUCGAGCAAGAAAGGACAUUUUCGUACAAAAUCCUGGGAUUGUAUAUAGACUCCUACAACUUGCCAACCAUGCUCGAAGACACGGCGCUUUUUAUGAGCACCGUAUUCGUGCCCUCAAUGUUCAUCGCGAUUGGUCAUCUCCCUUUCUCUGAUGCAAGCGUCUAUGGCUGCACCAUACUGCCACCAAACAAUGCUUUUUUUCUGCCGCCUGACACGACCUACGUGUUCGAUCUGAGAGAAAGCUUGGCGGGGCUUCGAAGCAUCGGCAAGGAAAUCCCAGGCUUAUCUUUAUCCCUCUCGGUGGGACUCAGCGGGCGCUACUACAAUCCGUCACCAGAGUCCUCGGCGGUCGCCUCGAACAGCGAUUACGGGCUCUUCGCAGCGAAGUGCGAGGACUUCUCCGGUCCCUUUUACGAUGAUCCAGCAAACGUCUGCCCAAGUGUCAGCGGUGACGAUUGGGAAUUUGUCGGCAAGCCCAACCUUCUGUUCGCGGCUGUGUACAGUAGGACACGGCAAAGAACGUUGACCUACGACACGGCGGAAUUGAUCCAAUACAAGGUGUGCGGCUCCAAAACGAAUUUCACAGAUCUUCACUUCAGCCUGGCCGCCUACGACGUCAAUUUUGACUCGUCACCUGAAGCCUGCGAAGAGAUGGGCAUAAGCGCCGGCGCUUUCAGGCGCCUCUCUACCAUUCGCCCUUUGAGUAACUACCUUCUCCGCAGCUACAAAGACCACGACACGUGCGCGAAAGUGAACUUCUCCACAAGUCAAGCAGUGUGAUACCUCAGACGAGCUGAAGAAUAAAAGGAAAGCU